GAGAACCUGAGGGCGAUGAACAUCUGGUUAUAAGUGAUGUGUGUGCCUGUGUGAGAAGAAAAAUACGGGCGAGAAGAGACUGUGGAAACCUAUGAAAAAAGGAUAGGCUACCUCUAGAAGAAUCCCGCCGUAGGUAACUGAUUGCGUUUCGUAUAGUGAAAGACAACCUGCCAUACUGUCCCAAUCAUUGCAGAAGUUUGGUAGGUUCACCAGAGGACACCAUUAGGAAACAUAUAGGGUCAGUCAAAGACCGAUCAGAUCUUAAGCAUGGACAGUGAAGUGGGAGCGAUGAACAUCAGCCUUGACAGUCCUCUGAGCCCGAGGCAUCUGACCGGGUUGGGGAUGAACUGUCUUAUUGGCCCAAAGUACAGACACUCUGGGCCGGGCUUGGCCAGUCCUCAGGUGUACAACCAGUGGCUGCCUUACCGCCAUGACGCCAGCCUGCUGCCCAUGAAAGAAGACCUUGCCUUCUGGCUCAACACCCUCAUGGGUGUGGACCUCACAGCAGACAGUCUGAUGGAGAGGUUGGAUAACGGCGUCCUGCUCUGUCAACUUGCACAGCUGCUCCAGGAGAAAAUGAUCCACAACACCAUGUACACCAACAACAGCAAGCCCUUCAUGAAAAGAGUGAUCCACUGGCGAGCUGAUGCAACUUCUGGAUCAUUUUUCGCCCGAGACAAUACUGCAAACUUCCUCUACUGGUGCCGAAAGAUUGGCGUUGAUGAGGCUUACCUUUUUGAGUCAGAGGAUUUGGUCCUCCAUAAACAACCGUGGGAGGUGUGCCUGUGCCUGAUGGAGCUGGGACGGAUUGCAGCCAGGUAUGGAGUGGAGCCUCCGGGGCUGGUGAAGUUGGAGAAAGAGAUAGAGAGGGAGGAGGCGGGGUGCUUAUCUCCACCAUCCCGUCUGUACUUCUCCUUUUUUACUCCUACAUCAUUGUUUUCACCUUCACAAUCAUCCCUGCCCCCAGCCCCCUCUCCUUCCCCUCCUCCUCAUCCUCCACCUGCGCCCCUCACUCCAAGCACAAACUGUCUGUCUGAAACCCUCGCUCCCUCCCUCAUCUCUGAUCUUCCAUCAGCCACAACAAACCCAGUACCUACAUGUUCAUCCCCUCCUCAGUCCUACCGCUCAGCCUUUAACCCUUGUACAACCACAGCAUCAACACAAACACCUUUGUUCUCUUCAUCCUGCACCACUAACACAUCUGCUUCCACUUCGCUGUCAGCACCCUCACCAGGCCAAACCCUGGUUUCCACUGCCAAAGUCUCCUCCACCACAAUAAACAACCACACUCCCACAGCUACAUCUCCCAUCACCUUACCACCCGCAGCCCUGACUCCUCGUUCCUCUUGCAAAUCCACAAGCCGGAGGAGCACAGGCACUAACAACAUUUUGGAUGAUAUUGUGAGAAAGAUUAUCGAAAAUCCCCCCUGCAGCUGUCCUACCAGGUUCCUUGUUGAGAAGCAACCUAAAGGCGGCUACCGUGUUGGGGAAAAAGUUCUGUACAUACGAAUGCUGAAUGAGCGUCAUGUGAUGGUGCGCGUAGGCGGAGGCUGGGAAACCUUUAUAAGUUACCUGCAAAAACACGACCCCUGCAGAGGAGGAGGCCCGGUCAAUAGAUCUGAGGUCAGGUUCUGUAGGGACAAAGUGAAGCCACCCAGUUUGAACAUCUCACCUGACAGCUACAUGGUGGUUGGUGCCCAUUAUUGUGGCAAGAAGUAGACUUCAAACUCCUUUCUGCUGCUUCUGGCUCUGGGAAGCAGCGGAGAACAUUUCACUUUAAUCAGACCAAAAUGUACAAAGCUAAUGAUUUAACAUAUAGUUCAAAUCCUUUACCUCAAUUUCAAAAGGAAAUCCAUCUCUCUAAAGGUUUUCUUACCUUAUUGUUAUCUAUAUGAAUUAUCAAACCUACUAGACAAUUUGGAGUAAUUGGCAACAAAUUAAUAAAUCGAAAGAUCGGCUCAGUCACUUAUUUUUAUUUGAUAAUAAACUUGAUACCUUUAGCUUUUGGACUGUUGGUUGAAUAAAACAAGCAAUCUGAAUAAAUAACACUGGGCUGCGAGAAAGUAUAACAGGAACUUAUCACUAUUUUAAAAUAAUAAUAAUAAUAAUAAUCGUUAGUUGCAGCACUAGUUGUUAUGUACUACUUUCAUUUAAUCAUCAGCAUCAAAUAUCCUUUCAGGCAAGAUUUUGUUUAGUACUGUAUGCAAUAAUCUUACUGGAGUUAAGUUAUAUUUGUUCUGUUUACUUAGGAAACAUGCAGCUUUGUGUGUCAUAAUAAUGUAGGUUGAAUUUGUGUGUUUGAGCUUUUGUAUUUUGUAUUUGGAAGUUCCAGCAGCAGUUUAUAUAGUAGUCUUAAACAUGACAGUAUGGAAUAAUUGUUCUGUAUUUUACUGGACAAAACCUGUUUUGC